AUGGAAUAUGAUGCAUCUAUCAGUGUUGCUAUGGAGGACUGUAGUAGUCAUGAGGUUGGGGAUCUGGGAUCAGAUUCCCUGAUGCGAAUUUCAGCUGCAAAAACCAACAAAGGGGUGGUGGUGGUGGUAUGGACAGAGGAUACUGUCUGGCUUAACAUCUUCCUCGCUUCUCCGACGCCGCCGUCGUCGUCCCCCGUCCCCCCCAUGAUGCUGGGCUCGGCCAGGGGGGCGAACAAGGGGCGGGAGAAGGAGAAAGAGAAGGACAAGGAGUGCGCGGCCGCGCAGGAAGAAGACAAAACGAUUAAAGAUUAUGAGACAAUGGCUUGGAAGUUCCUUUCUGCUACCCAGAUUAGCGUUCUGUUGGAACAAGAUAUAGCAGGAGUUCAAAAACAUUUGGAACUAUUUCUGAAUUUGAAACAACGUAAGACAUCUUUGAAAGAAGCUGUUUUGUUGGAUUAUUACGUGUCAGGAUUUUGGUGGGCUAAAGAGGUGGAGUUCGCAGCUGUACAGAUAGCAGGAUUCAUGACUCUGCUGAAUUUGCUGUUGGAGAACCUUGGCACCCAGCACAUGACACUGGUGGAGAACAUCCAAGAACUUAGAAGAACAAUGGCUGGAAUUGGGCAGUGUCAUUCAGAGAAAAGUGGGGGGUUUGAAUUCUUCACUGUAGAUCAAGCCAAAGCUAUAGUUGGCUAUCUGGAAAUCAGCUUAUUCCAGCAUUAUGCACUAUAUGAGUAUCUUUUCCAUAGUCCCCGGGAAGAACUUGUGAUAGGAGAUGAGAAUGUUGUCGAACUGGUCAAGCCUGCGGAUGCCCCUUUCCCUGCUCCUUUGGAAGAAGGUCUGCCUUGUGACAUUUAUUCCACGUUUAUAGCUUUGAUCCCAGUUGCAGAGGAUGCAGUCGAGGAAAUUGAGAGAGACAUACAACCAGAAGAACAGCCUGAAGCAGAACCAUCUGUAGAUCCUCUGACAGGUUAUUGCAUGGAUGAUGUCAAGUCAGUACUGGGCGAAGUGACCAAUGAAAUGAUCGUCCACCUUCAGACCGAGAUAAAUGAAAAGCUACAAAUGCAGGAAGAGGCCUACUCUGUGAGAAUAGAAAAGCUGAAGAAAAUCUGAGAAAAUCUGCACAUGAAGUAUGUUGGUGUGGAGUUUUCCACCAGUUGUUUAAAAC